CCAACACGAAUAUUGGAUGUGAAGAAAUGUGAAGUCUCCCGAUUUGUUGUUGUGAACAAUCGCACUGACACACUUCUCACAGUAUCAUUCUCUUUACCACGAAAAGAUGGGGUGGAUCUGUAUCAAGAGGAUUUGUACACAAAUGUGGCCUCUGGAGUACCCGAGUGCACUUCCAAAGAAUGGCUUGUUCCAACGGCGGACGACGGGCAGAAGAGAGGAUCUAGACAGUCAUUGACAGGGUCUGGAAGCAAUAGAAAUUCCAGACGGAGAAGUAGUGUAUCAUUGCGACCAAGAAACAUGAAGAGUGUCUAUGAUGUCAGUGCUGAAGAAGGUGGAAAAGACCGAAAAAUAGAGUUACUUGAAAAGAUGAAAUUAAAGACUGGGAUGAAGAUGAAGAAGUUGAAAACGUCUGGAGUUUUUGAAGAGAUAGUAAGAGGGUGGAUGUGGAAUUCAUUUGUUCCACGAUGGUGUGAGUUGACCGAGAGGAACUUGAUGUUGUUUAUGAAUAGAGAUGACUCACUUCCAACCACUAUCAUAGACUUGUUACAUAUCACUGAUUUUGUAGAGGCUGAAAUGGUUCAGGGAAAGUUUCCAAUUAUAAUCAAAUUGGAUGAGACUUGUGAGGAAGUAGCAAAGGGCACUGCGCAGAAACAAUACUUGUAUUUUGUCGACUCUAAAAAGCACGCCGACGAGUGGGUAGCUACUUUUAACAUUAUGAAAGAGUUGGCAGAAACGUUACACGCGGAGGAGGAAGAACGAGAGAAGAAAGAAAAGGCGCAUGAGGAACUUGAAGAUUUUGAGAAGGAAAAACAAAAGAAGAAGUAUGAUGUAUGUGGUCUUUUGUACGUCGUCAAGCCGUCCUUGUUCAGUACAAUCAAGCACAGAUUCUUCUAUAUUGAGAAGGGUGUUUUAUACAGUCAGAACAUCACUUGGUGGACUCAACAACCAACAGGAAUUCCAGAGAUGGAAUGCUUUUUGAAUCGAAUUAUCCAUCUUAGUAGUUCAGAGGGUAUCUUCCCACCUUCAUAUGGAAAGACCACAUUCCAAUUGACCACUAAAGGAAGUGUUAUGCACUUGGCAUGUUCCAAUUACAAAGACUAUGAGAUGUGGAUCAAUGCAUGCACUCCAAAUAUGUUAAAAGGAGAGGAAGACGAGGAUGAUUUGGACGCAUUCAGACGAUCUGCAGCGCAAGAUGAAAUGGAUUAUUUCUUCUCUGGACUUUUUGGUGGGUAUUCGAAGAUCUUUGUAUCACUUGUUGCGAAUGAAAUCUUCAUAUUUAAGAACAAAAUCGACACCACUCCCCUUGUCAAAAUAUUUUUAAAUGAUGUUGAAACAAUCGAAACCAAACCCGAGACGCAGGAAUUGUUUGUCACUAUGAAAAACAAAACUAUUGUUCAUAAAUUCCGAACCCCCGAGUGUGAGACUUGGAAAGACGAAAUUUUGCAGAGAAAGAAGAAGACGUCGGAUGUCUUGACUUCUUUGGGAAUUCGAAACAAUAUUUUGACGCUUGAUAACACGAUCAACGACGAGUAUGUCCUCCAGACGUCAAAUGACAGUGAAAGCAUCUUCCAAGAUACUAACUUGUUUUUGAAAGGGGAGUAUACCCUCCUCCUCCAAAUUAAAGGACGUUUGAGGUUGAGAAGUUUCCUUGUGCCACUUGCUCAAGAACAGUUGAAUCCGUGCAACUCGUAUAUCUUGGCGUGUAAACAAGGGAUGUAUGUCUGGCAAGGACAGUACGCGCCUCGUGUGAAUCGAGCAAAAGCCAUUGAAUUGGCGCAACGGUGGGCGACCAAAGAAAGAGACGGGUGUAUGGUGAAGGUUAUGGUCCAAGGGAAAGAUGAUGACAAUUCGCCAAUUUGGAUGAAGAUUGGCUGUAAACCAACCCCCGUGUCGACUGAAAAAGAGUUCAAAAAGGAGAAUUACAAAAACAACCAAACCACUGACGAACAAGACAAGGAAACACCUAUGAUGAUUAGAAUAUAUCGAAUUGUCCACAGAGAAAACAACGACAGUAAUCCACUUUCAGUCACACUUAUCCAUGAACAUGGUGUGAACUCACUUCCCCCAAAAGAACUGUUAAAAGCAGGGACGGUCAAUAUCGUCACAACAGAUACUGAAAUAUUCAUCUGGAGCAGUGUCUCAGCUACUACUUUGGCAAAGAGAAUUGGUAACAUCGUCGCAGUAGAAAUGGCUAAGACCAUCAAACCAAUUAUAAUGUUGAGACUCAACGAAAAUGGAGAGGCUAUUUUGUAUAAAGAAAAGUUCAGCAACUACCCUGGAAUGCUCCCAAUUCAGACCGGAGGAGCAGCACCAGACAUCAAGAAGUUGAAUGCUACAAUUGAGAGAAGACCACAGAGAAACAUUGAAAUUAUUCUCGAUGAAAUCUCGAAACCUACAGUACCCAAUUUCACUGAGUUGGUAUUGAACGUUAAUGGUAAGAUGAUUUUCCAAGCAAUGAAAGAGACGACAAAGGGCGGAUCAUUCACAAUUAAAAGAAUCGAUGAACACGAAAUUGUUGUGUACCCGGAGACUUUGUAUGGACAGUUCUUCUCAAAGGACGCUUUCCUUGUGCAAUACACAUUCUUGCCUGAAAACUCCGAGAAGGCACAACACAUCUUAUACUUCUGGCAAGGCAGAGACGCGUCGUUGAUGGAUUUGGGAACGUUGGCACACAAAGUGGUGGAAGCCAGUGGACUUGUCGACACCUCGACACAAAUCAGAGUAGUCCAAGGAAAAGAGCCCCGCGAGUUCCUUGAGAUCUUCAAAGAGAAAUUCAUUGUGCAUUUGGGAGGGUACACAGAAUACUGUGAGAAGCGCCCAGCCGUUUAUGAAAUUAGAGGAAAAGAGAAAGGACUGUGCAAAGUUGUUCAAAUGCCCAUUCCAGAACAACUCCAAACGUUCACCAGUGGGAUGAAAUUAAUGCCUGGUUCUCUCUACCUUUUCAAAACACUUAAUAAGUUGUACUCCAUUGAAGGUUCACAAGUGAACGAAUUCCAAAAACAAAGCGCAGACAUGUUCAGUAAAACAGUCAACAUCCCAAUUGAAAAGAAUGAUGCAGAGGUGAAGGCGUUACUUGGCAAUUUCGAGUUUAUUAACGGAGUUGAGAAGACGGUCCAGAACUAUAACCAAAUCAGACUGUUCAAAUUCACAUUUUGGGUCACAUCAGUCGACUUGGAGGAAAUUGAACAGCCACAACAGAGCGACUUUUUUGCAGAUUAUGUGUAUAUGAUCGACGCGGGGAAAAUCUAUCUGUGGUUCGGUGCAAAGUCCAUUAACGAGACACGACGAUUCUCACUUCAAUUUGCACUUGAAGUGGCUAAGAGACGUGGACAACAAAGUGUAUUGAUUGAAACACAGAACGAAGAAAGCGUCACAUUUAGAGCAUUCUUUGAAGCUUGGUCUGACGCUAAUUUACUGAGAAAGAACAACUUAAGACAAAACUAUGCAGUAGCUCCAAAGAGUGUCAUUGAGACUAUUCAAAGUGUCAUUGAUGGGUCAUUCACAACACUGAAUGCGGCUUUGGACGGCGAUAUUGCAGUCGAAGGGAAGUCGAUAAAAUCCGUCAAGUUCCCAAGUGACCAAAUCACCAUAGAAGGAGUCAAGGUUGAUCGUAGUGUUGUAUUCCCAACUAUGGAAAAGAGAGAGAAAGAGACAGAGAGUGAUGCCAAAGUUUUGUUUGAAGAAUAUUGCAGAACACGUUAUACCUAUGCAGAACUCAUCACAAAGCCAAGACCAUUUGGUGUUGAUAAGGCAAUUCUUGAGACUUAUCUAUCUGACGAAGAGUUCGAAGAAAUUUUGGGCAUGAAUAGAGACGCUUUCUACAAGAUGAAGGGAUGGUGCAGAGACAAGUUGAAACAUGCUGUCUAUCUGUACUAA